AAAUCAACGAGUCUCAAUAUUUAUUGAAAUUUAGGUGACGAUACUUGGUUGUGCGGUAGGGCUUGUUUUCGCAAGAAUGCAACAGAAUGCACAAAAAACCCCACGUCAAAACAACAUAACCUGCAUAAUAAACAUGGAAGAUAGUGAAAAAAGGCCACAAUUUGGAAACCGUUUUCUACAGGAUGAUGCAGAUGUAUUCCAACAUAAUGCGUGGUAGGAAUUUAGUUAAUUUUGCCGUUAAAUCGCGGUUAUGUCAACAAGAUUUAGAAAAAAACCUAAAUAUGGUUCUAGAUACCUAAAAAAUGAUUCUAAUGUGUUUUCUUUUAAUGCUUGGGAUGAUGUUGAUUGGGAUGAAACACAAGAAGCUGAAGCGUUAAACAAAGUACAAAUUAACAGCACAGUGAAAUUUUCUGAUUCUGAUAUUGAGAAAUAUGAAACGGAGGCCGAUAAAAACUGGGAUAAAUUUUACGAUAUACAUACAAAUAGAUUUUUUAAAGACCGCCACUGGUUAUUUACAGAAUUUCCAGAAUUGGCAAGUGAAAACUCGGAAGGACAAAAAACUAUUUUUGAAAUUGGCUGUGGGGUUGGCAAUACGGUUUUUCCCAUAUUGCAGUAUUCUAAGAGUGAAAAUAUUUUUAUAUAUUGCUCAGAUUUUUCAAGUAAAGCUAUAGAUAUAUUAAAGGAAACGGAGAUGUAUGACAAAAAUAGGUGUAAAGCUUUUGUUUUGGAUGCUACACAGGAAAACUGGGAUGUUCCAUUUGAGAAAAAUAGUGUGGAUAUUAUAGUUUUAAUAUUUGUACUUUCAGCAAUAAAUCCUGAGAAGUUUCAACAUGUAGCAAAACAAAUAUCAAACUACUUAAAACCAGGUGGUUUAAUUUUAUUCCGUGAUUAUGGAAGAUAUGACUUGGCCCAGUUAAGAUUUAAACCCGGACGAUGUUUGGGGGACAAUUUCUAUGUAAGGGGUGAUGGAACAAGGGUAUAUUUUUUCACACAGGGUGAAGUAAAGGAUAUUUUUGAAAGUGUUGGGCUCCAGGAACUAGAAAAUAGGGCUGAUAGAAGACUACAGGUUAAUAGGGGCAAACAAUUAAAAAUGUACAGAGUUUGGAUACAAGCUAAAUACAAAAAACCUGAAUAAAUAUUUUUUUAAAUUUUUUUUUUUGCUUUUAAAUUUAAUUUAAUUGUUUAUAAACCAGUUAUUUUCUAAUAAAAACACUUUUAGAAUUACCAAAUUGGUGUUUCAAUCCAG